UCGAGCGGCUGCGCAGCAGUCUGACCUUCCUCCAGCAAUGGUGUCGCAGCGAAGUGAACCGGCGGAGGAGGGUGACGAGGACGAGGAGGAUGCAGCUGACUUCUCUUACGUCCCUUGUUGAUUGGCUGCGCAAGGCAGGUAGGUCGUGAGGAUGCCGAGGAGGGGGUGAAGAGGAUCAAAUGCGAAGGACGGCCUGGCGACGACGACGACGCUUCGUUGCCGUCCGGCGGAUGCCACACGGGCGGAGCCACCGACGCGGGCGAGCGACAUCGACUCGUCUGCCUCGCUCUCGCCCCUCGGCCUCUGAGCCAGUGAGCGAGUGCGCGGACUGGCGCUCAGAGCAAGCGGGCGAGAAGAAGACGCAGAGAGGCACGCGACAGGCUAACCUCUCACGCCUCUUGAGCAGCUCUCACAACUUCAUGUCGAUCAUUACACCAUGACAUUAGACAAGAAACAGAAAGAGAAGGCCAGGAUGAAGAAAUAAA